AAUUGGUUAUUUGUUUUCGUAGUGUGUGGAUAAUAAAAUCGAAGGGAACAGUCGAUCCAUCCAUGGCUGCAAUUGCGUCCUUCUUCACCCCUUCUUCAUCCCUAAACUUUAAACCCCUUCCAUCUUCAUUCCAUCUUAAUCCAACAACAAGAAGACCCUUUCAUCAUCUCACAAUCACCAAGGCUCAAGGAGACAACAACAAUUCCAAUUCUUCAUCUUCAGCUACCACCAAUGACCAACCCCUUUUCGUCACUGCCCAGGAUGUUCCAUUGGAGGGUGUCAUCCAGUUUGACAAGCCAACCUCCUCUUCUUCUUCUUCCCGUAUUCAAAAAUGGGGGCGUGUGGCUCUGCUAGCUGGUGUGGAUGUAUUGGCCUUACUUGUCUUUGCCACCAUUGGAAGAUACAGUCAUGGAUUAUCCACCAUGGACCUCCAAACCCUGCGAACCGCCGAUCCUUUCAUAGCCGGAUGGUUCCUUGGUGCUUACUUUCUUGGAGGUUACGGCGAAGAUGGGCGAGGGAUGAAGGGUCUCCCUAGUGGUGUCAUUGCUACUGCUAAGUCAUGGGCAGUUGGGAUCCCUAUAGGAAUAGCAAUAAGGACCGCAACGUCCGGUAAUCUUCCAAACUAUGGCUUCAUAUUUGUGAGUCUGGGAAGCACUGCUGUUUUGCUUAUCACAUUCAGAGCACUGCUGUAUACUCUUCUUCCUCUCCAAAAUCAAAACAAGGCCGACGACGAUGUCUAUCGCCGUGGCAGUCCUUUCGAACUCUUUGAGCUGCUCACAUCAUUAGUACGGAGGUGGUAGCAAUGCUUUAGAUCAGUUUCCUAAGCUAUUCUUCCAUUUUGUUAAGGAUUCGCAUGAAACAAGUGAGCUUACAUGUUUGUAAAUGUGUACGAGUUUUCUAUGUAUCAUAUUAUUAUUUUACCUUUGAUCAUACAUUGGUAACUAUGAUCUGCCAGUUUUUUGAGGAUAUCCUAUUUUUUCAA